GCGGGGCCCUCCUGGCAGCUCCCCCUGCCCCACAUCCAUGCCCGUCCUCUGAACCCCCUGGGCACCCAUGUGCUCGCCCGGGGACUGCUCCUCACCAUGAAUGACCAGUACCACCGGGCCGCCCGGGACGGCUACCUGGACCUGCUGAAGGAAGCCACCAAGAAGGACCUGAACUCGCCGGACGAGGAUGGCAUGACCCCGACCCUAUGGGCUGCCUACCACGGCAACCUGGACGCCCUGCGCCUCAUUGUCAGCAGAGGGGGCGAUCCAGACAAAUGUGACAUCUGGGGGAACACCCCUCUCCACCUGGCGGCAGCCAACGGCCACCUGAACUGCCUUUCCUUCCUCAUCUCCUUUGGGGCCAACAUCUGGUGCCUGGACAAUGACUACCACACCCCGCUGGACAUGGCAGCCAUGAAGGGGCACAUGGAGUGUGUGCGGUACCUGGACUCUAUUGCUGCCAAGCAGAGCAGCCUCAACCCCAAGCUGGUGAGCAAACUGAAGGACAAGGCCUUUCGGGACGCGGAGAGGAGGAUUAAGGACUGUGUGAAGCUGCAGAAGAAGCACCACGAAAGGAUGGAGAAACGGUACAGAAAGGAGAUGUCGGAUAAUUCAGACACCAUGAGCUUUUCCAGCUAUUCAAGCAGCACCUUAAGCAAGAAGUUCCAGCACAUGUCCAUGGUGACCUCCCUGCCAUACUCUCAAGCCACCAUCCAUGGCACAGCCAAGGGAAAGACGAAAAUACAAAAGAAGCUGGAGAAGAAGAAGCAGGUGGACGGGACAUUCAAGAUCUAUGAGGAUGGGAGGAAGAGCGUGAGGUCCCUGUCCGGUCUGCAGCUGGGCAACGACGUCAUGUUUGUGAAGCAGGGCACGUACGCCAGCCCCAAGGAGUGGACCCGCCGCAAUAUCAGAGACAUGUUCCUCACGGAUGAAGACACCGUGUCCCGUGCCAUAAGUGACCCAGGCUUGCACAUGGACUCGGCCCACUCGGAAGUCAGCACCGACUCUGGCCACGAGUCCCUGUUCAACCGCCCCGGGCUGGGCACCAUGGUGUUCCGGCGCAACUACGUCAGCAGUGGGCUUUUUGGGAUCGGCCGGGAGGACGGGGGCGCGCUGGGGGAGGACAACACGGAUGGGAUGGGCGUCAAACUGCGGAGCCGCCUGCAGCGCUCGCCAAGUCUCAACGACAGCAUUGGCAGUGCCAACAGCCUGCAGGAGAGGAACGCGGAGGAGCUGCCCUGGGACGAGGUGGAGCUGGGCUUGGACGACGAUGACGAACCUGACACCAGCCCCCUGGAGACUUUUCUGGCUUCCCUGCACAUGUUUGAGUUCAUCUCCAUCCUGAAGAAGGAAAAGAUUGACUUGGAGGCCCUCAUGCUGUGUUCAGACAAUGACCUGAAGAGCAUCAAUAUCCCACUAGGCCCCAGGAAAAAGAUUGUGGAUGCCAUCCAGAGGAGACGACAAACUCUGGAGAAGCCAGAUGUCAUUGUAGACACUGAACUAUAGCCUCAGCAUCUUUUUUUUUUUUUUUUUUUUUAAAUGCUCAAGAAACAAACCCAGUUCUAAGUUGCCAGAAAACACAAGCCAGAGACUCCCUUCCUGGGGCAGCUGAAAGCUACAGCCAUCCCCACCAGUCCUGCUGGACUGCUCCCUUGCUCUGCUCCCUGUCUGUGCGAUGCUCCCAGGCGGAUCCUGGGACGGAGGGACGACUGCUGAGAUCGGACCAGGCAGCACCAACCUGCCAGCCUUGAAGGGACCAUGGUCUCCUGCUCACUGGAGGAAGAAGUGACCUACACAGCUGGCUGGGACACUGCUGUCACAGGCUGUGAGACCGCAUGAAGC